AUUGGGAAAAGCAUAAAAAAUAAAGACGCGGGCGUUGACGCGGUGAACCGGGAGUAUUCCUCCUCUGAUUUGCCGGGUGGGCACGAAACGUAUAAACGCACUUAAAAAUUCUCAACUGCCAAAACCGAACCGCGUCAACCACUCUCACGUCUUUCAAUAUCUGGAAGAACCUUCCCUUUGAAACUCUCAUACUUCAUUAAUUCCAUAUUAACAACUCCGCCUCCAUAUCUAACCAACUGACCGAUUCUUCAUCAGCUAUGGCUUCUUCUGUACACUUUCACUCCAUCCUUGCUCUCACAGUCCUUGCUGUUUUGCUUCCAUGGCCCGCCACCAGCGAUAUUGCUCUUCCACCUCUCUUGUCCUCCAUUUUUGAUAAUGUGUGUGACAAAGGAGGACUGUGUGGAAAAGGGAAAUGCAAGGAAUCAACGAAUAGCGUUUUAGGUUAUGAAUGUGAAUGUGCAGCUGGAUGGAAACAAACUCGAUCUCAAAACGAUACCUUCUUCAAGUUUAUGCCUUGUGUAAUCCCCAACUGUUCUGUUAAUUACUCUUGUGGAGAGGGAGAAGCACCUGCUCCUGCACCUGCUAAAAGAGCCGAUCGUUCAAUUAGUUCAAUCUCUGAUCCUUGCAACUGGGCGGACUGUGGAGGGGGGAAGUGCAAAAGAAACUCUACACUUUCAUUAACCUAUACUUGUGAAUGCAAUGAAGGAUACUUCAAUCUGCUCAAUUCCACUGCUCUCCCGUGCGUCAGAGCUUGUGCACUUGGAAUGGACUGUAAUAAUCUGGGGUUUGGUUUGCCAAAUAACUCAAGCACUCCUCCAUCCCCAAGCUCAUCUGAUAGUAAUGAAGCUUGCUCAAUCAUCAUGGGAGGUGGAUUUUUCUGGAAGGUUAUUGCAGCAACAUCACUGGCCAUAGUUUUCUUGAAUUAGAUGUAAAGGAUGGAUGAUAUUUAUACCUACUACACAUGAACGAAUAAACAAAACAAGAUAAACAAUAGUUACUGUGGUAGAUUUUGGGUUGUAUAGCGUUACCAAAUCUUUGUUGUCCCACAUUAGAAAAAUAAGUAGAGUUGCUUUGAAUGUAAGUGUCCACCUCGCUCCAUUAGUAUGAAGCCUUUUGAGAGGUUCCCACGGUCCGAGCAAUCUUUAUGAGCAUUUUGAUGUAUCAUGUUUUGCCUUUUUUAUAAUCUCAUGCAUUCAUACUUUUGGUUUGGGCCUUGGGGUCUAUUUUUAAUAUCAGAUAUUGAGUUUGGUGUUCAUAUUCAUGGAUGGAAUAUUUUCUUUUUUACUGCAAUCUAUGUUUGUUUGCCUGUCAUGUAUGCAUUUAUAGAUAAGCUGUGCAAAAAAGUGGGAUGUGGAAAAGGGAAUUGCAAGGCAUCGGGAAAUAGUAUUUUAGGUUAUGAAUGUGAAUGUGAUCCUGGCUGGAAACAAACUCUUCUUCAAAGUGACAAUUCCUUCAAGUUUCUGCCAUGUGUUAUCCCCAACUGUUCUAUAAACUUUUCGUGCGGGGAAGAUGCUCCUGCCCCUGCUGCACCAGAUAAAAGAGCCAAUCGUACAUCUUUCUUCGAGCCUUGCUAUUGGGCCGAGUGCGGUGGGGGAUCAUGCAUGCAGACUUCUGCACUAACCUACACUUGUGAAUGCAGCAAGGGUUACUCAAACCUUCUCAAUAUCACAGGUUUCCCUUGCUUCAAAGAAUGCGCACUUGGAUUGGAUUGUAACAUGACAAAUAAAUCAUCUAGUCCUCCAACUGCAACACCCAGCCUAACUCAUAACAAUAGCAACAAAGCUAGCGGCUUUAUCGACGGAGGCGGCCUUGUCUUAAAAUCUGUUGCAGCAGUAUCAGUAGCCAUGUAUUUUUUGAAGUAGACAGAUGCUGGAGUGGUAGAGAUUCUACAUAUGCAUUUAUCACCACUAGAUUGGUUAAGCUAAGGUUUAGAUCUUUUUUUCUUUCCCUUCAUAUUUCUUAUUUUCUACCAUUGAUGCUGUUGCUCUGUUGCGCCAGACAUUAUGGGGGCGUUUGGUAGGAUGUAAAGUAAUUACUUUGCAGGCGAAGUGUAAGGAUGUAAAAUGUUUACACUGUUUGGUUUGAUUAUUUAAUGUAAACUGUAGGACAUUU